CUGUUCCUUUCAUUUUUUCUUUUCCAGACCCACAAAAUCAAAACUAGCAAACCGGUUCCUUUUCUUCAAGAUCUACUACCAGCUGCUCCCUUUCUUCAUUUUUUUUUUAUGCUUCUUUAGAUCCACCAAAACAGCAACCCAUUUCUUCACACAUCCUAGAUUUACUGCCAGCUGCUCUUCCUUCCUUGCUUGUUUGUCCAGAUCUGCUCGAUGGUCCCCCCGGAGACUCUUCUUGCUUCACAGAUCUGCCUGGCCCAGCUUGUGUCCGGUGGAUCAGUACCGAGCAACCUUCCCUUGCCAAAAUCAUCUCCAUGGCUCAUGACCGAGGAGCAAUCCAUGCCCACCGGAUCUGCUUCCAUGGCCGGUUCAAAGGCCACUCCUUGCUUGAGAUCACCUCCACCAGAUUUGGUUAAACUCUUCCGAGACCAAAAUCUUCAAGAUGAUAUGAACAGGAUACUCCAAAAACAGAAGCCAUGCCAUUCAAACCAAACUUUUGUUCCUCACAAAAAAUCUCAGAUUUUGGGUCCUUAUUUUGUGUCUCAUCCACCGGCUUCUCUUGCCUCCAUUUACCCACAGCCCAAAGAACAUCUUCUCCCCUUCCAAGUAAAACCUGACUGGAAUAAAUGGAUUGGCUCUUUUGGAGCUUGGCCGGUUUGGAGAAAAUCAGAGUGGGUGGACUGGAUUGAUAGUCUGGAACCUGAUUUUGGCCAAAUUUGGAGAGAUGUUGGUUUGUUUGAGUUUAUACAACUCACCAAAUGCAGAUGCAACAUGGACAAGCCGGUCUUGGGUUCGGCUUUAUUAUUUUGGUUUGGCUCUUUCAACUGUUUUCAUUUUCCUUGUGGAGCCAUGUCUGUGAGCCUUUUUGAUGUCAGCUCGUUAACCGGAUUGCCCUGUACUGGAGAAGAAAUUUUAGCAUUAUUAACCCUGCCUCCAGGCGUUGAGUAUAAUGCAGAGUUGAAGCCCUCUUAUCCAGCUUUCGUGAGGUUUGCCUAUGAUAAAAGUAAGCCUGUCACUGUCAGUGCUGAUGAGCAUAUUUCAUUUCUGCUUACUUUGAUUUGCAAAUAUAUAGUCUGUUCUGCUGGUAAAGGUCCCACUAAAGAGUUCAUUCCCUUAGCCGUUGCUUCAGCACAUGGCAAACAAAUGGCUCUAGGUCCUUUUUUGCUUGCUCAUUUGUACAGGAGUUGCCAAAAUAUCACGGCUCACCCCUUAGUCAUUAGUGGUGGGCCGCUUUGGGUUUUGCAGCUGUGGUUGUAUUCUUAUUUUCCAGCCAUAGCUCUUGUCUCAUCCGCUGUUCCAGCUUGGGAUCUACUCACUUACGGCUUCAUGUUCAAGAAUGCCGUGGAAAACGAGAGGAGCUUCGAGGAGUGCCUCAAGUUUUUUGCUUCUCUGUCCGUUGAGCGACCCGAUGCAGACUUUGCUGUGUUUCUUGGCAGAGCUCACGGUCCCUCAUGGUACAGGGCCGAUGUCAGAUCCCUAGAUUUCAAAGCGUUUUGGUCUGUUUGUGUGACCUCCUGGGAUUUGUUUGUUGGCUGUAGUUUGAACACUCUCAACUCCAGAUGUGGCAUGUUCUAUGCACCGAACCAAUUCUGUCUGCAGCUAGGAUACUGCCAAGACAUACCAUUCCCGCCACUAUUUUCCUUCAACUACAGCUAUAUGCACCGAACCAAUUCUGUCUACAGCUAGGAUACUGCCAAGACAUACCAUUCCCGCCACUAUUUUCCUUCAACUACAGCUAUCCUCUUCAGUUUAUGAUUGGGGAUACAAAGAUUUUGAUUACCAAACUUGCUGACAUCAGAAACACUCUGCAGACACUGAUCCUACCAGAUCCUCCAUUUCGCCCAAGCUGCACUUCCUCUUACAAAAGUUGGUGGCGAGACUACUUUCAUCCUUGGUUUCUUGAUGUUAUGGAGAAUAUUUCUGUUCUGGCCCUUCCACAACUCACCAAAAAAUCUGAAGGGAAGAAAGUAGUUAAAGAGAAUGAGGACCUGGAAUCUGCCAUGGCCGCCCAGAUCAGCCAGCCAGAUCUGCCAAGGAAAGCUCCCAAACUUCAAGUCAAAAGGAAAUUUGCUACUCCUGCAGAUUCCACGGAAGAAGAUACCCCCUCCAAGCAGCGAAGAACCGGAGGUAAAUCUGCUUUGGCUUGCA